AUGUAUCUUCUUGUUGCUUAUUUCCUUUUUAACUCUGUGGCAGUAAUGGCCACAAGUAAAAAAACAAUAGCUGAUUGCUCACUUCAGGGUCUCUUUAAUCUUUCUGGAUUCUUAGAAGAUGGAGACAUUAUAAUUGGAGGACUGUUCCCAAUGCAUUAUCGAGUACUGGUACAAGAUCUGUCAUUUUUCUACAAACCUGCUACUUCAGAAUGCCUGGGCUUUGACCCUAGGUCUUUUCGCUGGGCCCAGACAAUGAGAUUUGCGAUUAAGGAAAUAAAUGAAAAUCCACAUCUCCUUCCAAAUAUAACUUUGGGAUAUAAGAUUUAUGAUUCCUGUGCCACACAUGUAGCUGCUCUUCGAGCAACUCUCACAUUACUUAAUGGACCUGAAAAUGUUCAAAGUGAAUUCUGUCUGGGAUCAUCGCCUGUGAAAGCCAUCAUUGGAGAUUCGGGAUCAUCUCAAUCUAUUGUUGUGUCAAGAACAUUGCAGCCUUUUAAAGUGCCAAUGAUAAGUUACAUUUCCACAUGUUCUUGCCUUGGCAACAGAAAAGAAUUCCCAACUUUUUUCCGAACUGUUCCUAGCGAUAUAUACCAAGUAAAAGCAAUUGCUCAGCUUGUCAAGCAUUUUGGGUGGACUUGGGUGGCAGCAAUUUCAGAGGAUGGAGAUUACGGCAGAUAUGCUUUUCAAGCACUUAUUGAGGAAUUCAAAAUAAGUGGAGUAUGUUUAUCUUAUUAUGAAGUUAUCCCAAAAGUGUACAACAAAAAAAGAAUUCUUGAAAUUUUAGAAGUCAUGAAGGCAUCCUCUGCAAAGGUUGUUAUAUCUUUUGCUGGGGAAGGAGCUCUUUAUCCAUUAUUGUCAGAAUAUGCACGGCAAAAUAUUACAGGUAUUCAGUGGAUAGCGAGUGAAGUCUGGGUGACGGCUUCUUUAUUUUCUUCCAGUGAGUUCUAUCCAUCUCUUGGUGGGACAAUAGGCUUUGCCAUUCGCAAAGGAGAAAUCCCAUCUUUAAAAGAUUUUCUGCUUCAAGUUACUCCACUGGCAUACCCAGAAAGUGCUUUAGUAAAGGAACUGUGGACCUCUGUUUUUGGCUGCACUUUUCAGAUUUCCAACUUAACUGGUAGUUCUGGGCAAAUGACUCCUAAGUGUACAGGCAAAGAAUCUUUAGAAGAAAAAUACAAUAUAUAUACAGAUGUAUCAAGUCUUCGAGUUUCUUACAAUGUAUACAAAGCAGUCUAUGCUAUUGCUUAUUCUUUGCAAAAUAUCAUCAACUGCAAGCCCGGCAACGGGCCAUUCCAUAAUUUUACUUGUGCAAAUAUUACAAACUUGGAACCUUGGCAGCUUCAGCAUUAUAUUCAAAAUGUAUCAUUUACAAGUAACAUGGGAGAAACCAUCUAUUUUGAUAAAAAUGGUGAUCCAGUUCCAUCAUAUGAUAUUAUAAACUGGCAAAGAGGAGUAGAUGGAAAAAUCUGGUUUGUUACUGUUGGACUCUAUGAUGUCUCUGCUGGUGCAGGAAAAGAGCUUAUAAUAAAUGAGGAUGCUGUCAUUUGGAAUAACGACAAAAUCAAGGCAAGGUGCAAAGAGCCUCUAGUGCCCCAGUCAUUAUGCUCUGAAGCGUGCCCGUCUGGCACAAGGAAGGGGGUACGUCAAGGAGAGCCUCUUUGUUGCUUUGAUUGCCUACCAUGUGCUGAUGGCGAAAUUAGUAAUCAAACAGAUUCAGUAGAAUGUACUCAGUGUCCUUCUGAUUUCUGGUCCAAUGCUGAAAGAACUGAAUGCAUCCCAAAAGAGAUUGAAUUUCUCACUUAUGAUGAAAUCGGAGCUUCAUUAGCCGUGAUUGCUUUAUUUGGUACCUGUCUUACAUUUGGAGUCCUUGGCAUAUUCCUAUAUUAUAAAAGUACUCCAAUUGUCCGGGUGAACAAUUCUGAACUCAGCUUCUUCAUUCUUUUUUCAUUGGCACUCUGCUUCUUGUGCUCCAUUGCAUUCAUAGGAGAGCCAGGCAGUUGGUCAUGCAUGCUUAGGCACACAGUGUUUAGUGUUACCUUUUCAUUAUGCAUAUCUUGCAUUCUUGGCAAAACAGUUGUUGUUUUAAUGGCUUUCAAAGCCACACAACCUGGUAACAACCUCAUGAAAUAUUUUGGACCUUUACAGCAAAGAAUGAUGAUUUUGUUUUGUACCCUUAUUCAGAUUGUUAUUUGUGCAAUUUGGUUGAUUUCUACACCUCCUUUCCCUGUGAAAAAUACUAAAUACCAAAAUUCUAAAAUCAUAUUAGAAUGUCACGUGGGCUCUACUCUGGCCUUUUGGUUCGUCUUAGGCUAUGUUGGGAUUUUAGCCUGUCUGUGUUUUGUUCUGGCUUUUUUAGCAAGAAAACUUCCUGAUAACUUUAAUGAGGCCAAGUACAUAACAUUCAGCAUGCUCAUCUUUUGUUCUGUGUGGUUGGCAUUUAUUCCAGCAUAUGUCAGCUCACCUGGCAAAUACACUGUUGCAGUGGAAAUAUUUGCAAUUCUUUCAUCUAGUUUUGGGUUGCUUUUUUGUAUAUUUGCCCCAAAAUGCUAUAUUAUUUUACUGAAACCAGAAAAAAAUACAAAGCAGCAUCUUAUGAGAAAAGUAAAUAAACAAAUUGGCUCCAGUAACUAA